AUGUCAGCUAUGCCUCCGAGCCUCAUCGUACCCGAAGAAGAUACACUCAAUGAACUCUACGAGACUGUUUUGCGAGGAUUCCUACCAAGUCCAUCUCCAUCUACAGAGUCUACCUACUCGCGAGGAGCAUACUCCGCUUACCCAGAAUCCGCGAUAGACGCCGAGAGCCCUGUUGCAGAGGCAAGCAGCUCGACACGCCACCCAUUCGCAAAUACUCCACCUUCACUAUCUAGAUCGACUUCUGCACAAGCAGCACCUCUUCCAAACGGGAUAUCCUCAUCACCAGCUCCUGCACGACGACGACCCCUGCCUCCGACACCUUCUUCAUCAUCACGCACACCAUUACAGCCGCCACAAUUACAACCUCCCCCAACCUUGCGCCCUGGACCAUCAAGCCACGACUCACCCCGUACACAGCAAAGACCUCUUAGUCGCAAGUUAUCUCGAAACUAUUCCCAACAAAACCCCCCUCAAGUAGUUGCCCCCGAGAUCACGGAUGAGGAUGGAGCCGGUCCUUCAAAUACAGAGAAUGAAGCAGAAGUACCUACGUCUCCGACCACUGAAUACCCUGAUCAUUUUGGCGCAUUUCUGCCCAGCUACUAUCUAAGUGCCCAUGAAGACCCCAAUGCGUCGGCCUCUUUGGCAUUUGCGCCACCUGUUGGAGGCGAUUACACCGAACCGCCGCCUCCCCAAACGUAUGAAGAGUCUGUUAUCAGCGACGGAACAUCAAUACACCAACGUUAUCAUAGGGUGGAAUCAGGAGAACGGUGGAAUUCGGGACUUGAAGCUUCGACUGUCUUAAGUGGUGAAUACCCUAUGUUGCAGCGGCCUCGUUCAGAUGCAUCUGAAUUUCCCCGAAACAUAUACGAAGAGCCACAGGAAGAGCCGCCUCAACCGUAUCAACCAGACCCCCCAGAAUGGAGCCGAAAUUUGCGGCACAGCAAUGAUGUGGUAGAUAUAGGCCCCAACCCUGUACGCGGAAAUACGGUCGACUCGUAUAGUUCGAUGUGGGAGGCGGGCGAGCAAGGUGACUUGGAUCGACGCAACACGAAUGUAAUUCGCCUUAUCGCGAAUUUCGAAUCGAGAAUGCAUCUGGAGCUACACGAAGAGGAGGAAGAGGACCCAUACGAAGUCGAUGAGAGGCGAUUCGUGAACAUGGCUUUGCUCUCCAACCUUGCUGUCCAAUUACGCGACAAGGUCCCCCGAGGGACCCACGUCAAGGGCAGCAUCCCGUACCCGAGAGCAUUUACCGGCAAGGACAUUGUCUCAACGCUCCAUUCGAUCAUUCAACGCGAGCUCCUGAUAGAUUCAGGCAUCCCGAAUGCAGACCGACGAGCUGCACUCCUCGUCGCGCGGAGUCUUCAUGGUGCUCUAUUUUUCUACGAAGUCGAAUGGGGUGCGCGGGUGCUUCAAGACGGUGUGGAGGACGUCUAUAUGUUCCUGGAUGACCAGGAAGGUGGUUCAGAGGCGCCAAUAGAGCGAGCGGAGCUACCCACCGGUAUUGUGACAGUAUUAACCAAGUGCUACUCGGCGAGCUGUGAUGGACCUGGGUGUUAUGCCUAUAGUUGUCCGAGAAGGGGAUUGCAACAAUUGCCAAGCAUAUCUGAAACUCCUGUUGGCGCGAAGCGAGAGGAGUGGACGAAAAAAGUACCACAACAGGUGUUGGCGUCGUUAUCUGAGAGUGAAAUCAACCGGCAGACAAUUAUCCACAAGCUGAUCAGCAAAGAGCAGCAAUACAUCCAAGACCUCGACAUUCUCGAGGCGGUGUUCAUCAAUCCUCUACGUCUGGCCAAUCCGCCAGUCAUGACGCCUCUUAUUCUGGAAGAGUUCAUCGAGGAAGUGUUUGGUAACAUCCUUGAGCUGCGCGAAUGCAAUCGUCGCCUUCUGGACGUCAUGUACGUGCGGCAACGCGAACAAUAUCCUGUUAUCCAAAGCGUUGGAGAUAUAUUUCUUGGCGCAGCCACCGAGUUCAGGACGUAUUAUCCUGACUAUGUAGGACACCACCCCUUAGCGGAGAAGCGAAUGAAGGAGGAGUUGGAGCAUAAUCCCGAGUUUAGGCUUUUCAUUGAGAAAUGUUCCCGCGAACUCUCCUCGCGUUCAGGUGCAAAUGGGACACCCCGCCUAGACCUCAAGCAUUACCUCAACCGACCUGCUGAGCACCUACAGAAAUACCCUGUCCUUCUCGAUGCAGUAUACCGCGAAACGCAGCCAAGCAACCCAGAUGGUGACUAUCUUGCUGAAGCCAUCGCCGCGAUCCAGAACCUGCAGGACGUGGCAAGGUUGAGAACGUUCCAAUCGGCGAUGGGUAAGGGUAGCACAGCGAAAUGCGAGUGGCACGAUCUCCUUUCGCCAGAUAUGAGGCAAAUGUUCACAGAGGAAGAGAGCAAACGGCAGUCGGUCAUUUUUGAAUUGAUCAAAGGCGAGAUGGCUUAUGUUCGCGAUUUGGAGAACAUAGAAACUAUGUAUGUCCGACCGUUGAGGAACGCGGAGCCGCCUAUUAUCCCUUCAGAUCGACUUGAACAAUUCCUCAUGGAUGUUUUCCAUAACUACCACGAACUCUAUGGACAUCAUCGGCGGCUUGUCGACAACCUACAUGAGAUCCAGCGCGAAGAGCAUCCACGGAUUCGAAGUAUUACUGCUGCAGUCUUCGACGCUGUGCUCAACUUCCGCGAGUCAUACAUGGAGUACAUCCCCAAUUACCCCAUUGCAGCUUACAGGAUCGACGACGAGAUGGCGAACAAUGAGGGAUUCCGCCAGUUUGUAAACCAUACCACCCGCCAUCCAGAUGCACAUCGCCUGGACAUGAAGAACUUCAUCAACCGUCCUAUACCAAGGCUGCUACGCUACGAACUUCUCCUCAAAUCCAUCUUGUCAGAGACACCAUCAAGUCACAGGGAUAGGCAAGAUAUCCCGCCUGUCAUCGAGCUCAUCAAGGCACUUGGGAAGGAGACAGAGCCCGGAGUUGCGUCGUCCAAGCAGAAGGUGGAGUUGUGGAAGCACAAUUCCAAUCUUGUUUUCAAGACAGGGGAAUAUGUUGACAUGGAUCUGCUAAAUGAGCAACGCUCGUUGAUCCACACUGGCAAGCUGCUGAGGCAACCUGAUAGUGGAUUGGAAUGGAGUGGAUGGACGGAAUUGUUCGUCAUGCUCUUUGACAAUUACCUCGUCAUGACCAAACCAAGAGAUCGAGAUGGUGUAAUCAAAUACCAUGUCUAUCGGAGACCCAUUCCUCUUGAUCUUUUGUCUCUGGUCAACUUCACGGAUGCCUCAGUGCACCGAAACACCAGCAUUCUCAGAUCUCUGCGCAACGGAUCGGACACAUCGAGCGUCUCAUCCCGGCAACCAGAGAACGGCGACUCGCGCUCCGUCUUCCCGUGCACCAUCCACCACAACGGACGGUUGGGCGGCCCGUACAUCCUCUACGCCGAGAGCUCCGCCGCGCGUACGGAGUGGCGGAAGAAGCUCGAGGAGGCGCUGGGCCUGCGCAAGGUCGUGCAGGAGUCGAACAAGGUGUUCGAGAUUGAGAGCCUGAGCGUGGACACGUUCUUGCUGCCCACGCUGAACACGGGCCCGAACUCGUCGGUGUGGCAUGACGGAACGCUGUUCACGGGCAAGGUCACUUGUUCGGUGCCGUUCAAUACCCCAGAUGGACGUGGGCUGGUCGCGAUUGGGUGCGCUGAGGGCGUGUGGAUUGGCUACCGGCAUGAUUCUCGAUCACUGCGACGAGUACUUCACUUGAAGAUGGUGACGCAAUGUGCCAUCCUGGAGGACUUUGGGCUGUUCAUCGUCCUGGCUGACAAGGUUCUUUAUGCGUACCAUCUCGAAGCGCUGGUACCGACAACACCCGGAAGCAUCCAUGCAUCCCAAACACCGCAGAGGAUCCACAGCAAAGACGUCCACUUCUUCAGCGUUGGUGUCCUUCAUCAACGUACUCUUGUCAUCUACAUGAAGAAACGAGGAAACAACGAUUGUGUGUUCAACGCUGUCGAGCCUGUGAUCGAUAAAAUCAACGAACGGCCCAAGGCGAGCGGCGGUGGCCUGCUCGGUCUGAAGAAGAACAAGACGGAGUGGUUCCGGCACUACAAAGACUUCUCGAUCCCGGACGCGCAUGAUCUUAUUUUCUUGAAGGCGAAGAUCGCGGUCUUGUGUGCGAAGGGCUUCAUGAUCAUGGAUCUCAUCGAUUACAAGAGUGUGACGAUCCCUCAGCGAGAUGAUCCUAAUUUCCCGUAUCUGGCCAAACGGUGCGACUCGUGUCGGCCUCUUGGGAUGUUCCGAUCCAGUGAUGAAGAGUUCCUCCUCUGCUAUGACGAAUUCGGGCUCUUCGUCGACAAGCACGGGAACCCCAACCGGCAAACCGGGACGAUCGAAUGGGAGGGCACCGCCGACCGGGUCGCAAUGCACGCACCGUACGUCCUCCUCUUCGACACGCGGUUCAUCGAGAUCCGGCACAUCGAGACGGGGCGGCUCGUCCAAAUAAUCCCGGGGAACGACGUCCGGUGCGUGUGGGAUGGGCGGAACCUCGAUGGCGGGGGGAUGGGCGGGGGCGCGGUCGUACCGGCGGAGGGCAACGAGGAGAAGAUGGUGCAGGAGCCCUGCGUGCAUGCGGUGAUGAACAUGGCGGAGCCUGCGGUGGGGAUGGGUGGAGGGGGAGGGGGUGGAGGGAGACAGAUGAGGGGGAUCAUGCAGCAUGUGUUUGAGCUGUUCCCGACGAUUCCGCUGUAUUUGCCUGGGUCGCUGGCGUCGCCGUCGACGGCGCCGUAUUUCCCGUUGUCGUUCAGCCCGCCGAGGUCGCCGCCGUUGAGGUCGCAUCAUAUAUAG